AUGACCAGACUCUGGGGGACCUACCAGCUCCUGCUUGCCCUCCUGGUGGCCCUGGUGGCCCUGGGGGGCAGCACGCUUGUAUACAAGGACACGAACAAGGUCUUGAGGGAAUUAAGGAACGUCAGCAGCUCAAGCAGCAAUGUGAAGCAGUGUCUGUGGUUCGCCAUGCAGGAGUACAACAAGGAUAGCAAGGACAAAUUCCUCUUCCAGGUAGUCAAGGUGUGGCAGGUGCAGAUGCAGGUCACAGAUUGCCUGGAAUACUUUAUUGAUGCUGAAAUCGCCCGCACCAACUGCAGAAAGCUUCCAAACGGUAAUGAGAAUUGCGUGGUUAAGAACACCUCCAAACCGGAAAAGAGACAAAUGUGCACCUUCUGGGUGGGCACACUCCCAUGGCACGGCUAUUUCACUGUGAUGAAGAAGCAGUGUGUGGACGCCUAG